UGUUUAAUUUCAUGUAAUAUUUGCUUUUCCUUUUUCUCAAAAAGAAAAAAAAGAUUGUAACUUACUGUUUCACAUCUUGGUUUAUCUCAGAUGUUUGCAAUUAUUCGCUUCAGUUUUUGCCAAAAUUAAAUACGUGUAUUAUACAACAAGGUGACGAAACGGCCGCCUCGUAGAUUCAGUUUUUUCAUAUCUCCUAAAAUUCGUUUUUCAGUUUUUUGUGUCUGAAGGUAAUAAACCACCUGACCAGGAGGAGGAGAUAGCUUCUACUUCCAGAAUACCGGUCUGCUUUUAUUCUUUUUCUUCAUCAGGUUCAAAUAUCUGGUAUUUCCUUUGCGCCUUUCUGGUCAAACCUACCUUCAUUUGUUAUUGUUGGUUUUUGGUCAAACCCACAUCCCAUUUUUUUGUUCGAUCAUCUUGUUUUUCUUUUGUAUAUGUGAUUGUGAAUUUGGUGGCUAUAUUGGUACCCGGACUGCUGCAGCUUGAUCAUCAUGAUUGUUGAACGUUCCAAGAGAUAUCAAUCUGUGUUUUUGUUGAUGAAAUAGCAAGGGUUGGCUAUUUAGGGUCUUGUGCAGACGUUGAGAUCUUCUUUUGGUUUCAGACGUUUUGUCUUGAGCAUAUUGAGCCUUUCAUUGUUGCAUUUGAGUGCUUGAUUAUCUACGUACCGGGAUAGAAGAAACUUUAAUUUUGGGCCGGAAUGGAACAAUUCCGGCAUAUCGGAGAGGUUUUGGGGAGUAUUAAGGCCCUGAUGGUCUUACAAGACGGCAUCAAGAUCAAUCAAGGACAGUGUUGUUUGUUGCUUGAUAUUUUCACGUUGGCAUUUGAGACAAUUGGGGAGGAGAUUAAAUUGAACCUGAAACUGGAGGAGAAAAAGACCAAAUGGAAGGGUCUAGAUCAACCUUUGAGGGAGCUUUACACAGUUUUUAGAGAAGGCGAGAUUUAUAUCAGAAACUGCAUGGAUGCCAAAGACUGGUGGGGAAAAGCAGUUGCCCUCCAUCAAAACAAGGACUGUGUCGAAUUUUACAUACAUAAUUUGUUCAGCUACUUGCCAGCUGUGAUUGAGGCGAUCGAGAAUGCUGGAGAGAUUGCAGGGCUCGACCAGGAUGAGAUGAAGAAGAAGAGGAUUGUGCUUAGGAGGAAGUAUGAUCUGGAGUGGAAUGAUUCAAAACUUUUCCAGUGGAAAUUUGGGAAGCAGUAUUUGGUGCCGAAGACAAUGUGCAGAAGGUUGGAGACUGCUUAUAGGGAAGAUAGAUGGAGGCUCGUUGAAGCUCUCAAUGAAAAGAAAAUCGCAGGAGCUGUCGGCUUGGCAAAGAAUGAGCAGCAACUUGGAGACUUGCUACUCAAGAAACUACACGGCGCAGAGUUUACGACUGGGAAGCUGUUUCCGAGCUCAAUAUUAACAGGAGCUAAGGAUUACAACAUUAAGCGGCGGUUAGGAAAUGGACGGCAGUACAAGGAAAUCCAUUGGUUAGGGCACAAUUUUGCCAUGAGACACUUCUUUGGGGAACUUGAACCUUUGAGGUCUGAGAUUUCGACUCUCCUUUCACUUUCCCACCCCAAUGUACUGCAAUACCUGUGCGGAUUUUAUGAUGAAGAUAAGAAGGAAUGCUUUCUUGUUAUGGAGUUGAUGAGCAAGGAUCUUCGCUGCUACAUGAAGGAGAAUUGUGGCGCAAGAAGGCAGAUUUUGUUCUCUCUCCCAGUUGUGGUUGAUAUCAUGCUUCAGAUUGCAAGAGGCAUGGAGUACCUCCACUCCAGAAAGAUCUACCAUGGAGACUUGAACCCCUUUAAUAUCUUUCUCAAGGCAAGGAGCUCCACAGAAGGUUUCUUCCAAGCAAAAGUCUCGGGUUUUGGUCUGCCAUCGUUGCAAAAGAAACCUACUUAUCGAAACUCCCAGCAGCAGAACAGUGAAAUUGACCCUUUGAUUUGGUGUGCCCCGGAAGUCCUAGCUGAGCAAGAACAAACAGGUAAUACCUAUGGCCGCUCCAAAUUCACCGAGAAAGCAGAUGUAUACAGCUUUGGGAUGCUUUGCUUUGAGCUUCUGACUGGGAAGGUUCCUUUCGAAGAUUCACAUCUCCAAGGGGACAAGAUGAGUCAAACCAUAAGAGCGGGAGGGAGGCCUCUUUUUCCAUUCCCUUCACCAAAGUACCUUGUAAAUCUAACCAAGAGGUGCUGGCAGACUGACCCUUCUCAGCGCUUGAGUUUCUCAUCUAUCUGCAGGAUCCUACGCUACAUAAAGAAGUUCCUCGCCAUGAACAUCGACGUUGAUCAACCAAUACUGCAAUCCCCUCCUACGGACUACUGCGAUAUAGAGGCAUGGUUCCAGAAGCAUUUUAAGGCCGGGGGGCAGCUGGCUGAUGCAGCCUCCAUAUCACAAAUCCCAUUCCAAAUGUUUUCCUAUAGACUUGGGGAGAAGGAGAAGACUCCUGGCUUGAUCAGGGUCAAAAGUUUGGAUUCUGUGACUGAAUCAGCUUCCAUGUGUAAGGGUGAACCAGAAGUCGAUCCUUCCAUGAAUGACACUCUCACCAUUAUAGAUGAUACGAGGUCUUUUUGCUCUGAUAUGAGGUCACUUUAUGAUGUGAGAUCAGUCUUUUCCGAAGCCCCAACGAAGAAAAGUCUCGGUGCAAAGAAGCGUUCAGAAGUGAGGGGUAGAAAUUCCUCAGGUCUAUCAGAAGCAUAUACAGCCACAAGAAUUUCGUUGCCUAAAUUUCCGACACCAAAGCUCUCUUCACCGAGACUUUACUCACCGAAACUUCCAGCGGCAAAACUCCAAUCAUCGAAAGUUUCUUCGCCAAAAAGCUCAUUUGGUCACAGUUCAAAGACUAACAAGACUGGUCCACCAUUGAGUUGUAUGAGUCCUAAGCAUCCUAUGAACAUGAAUAUGAGCCCGAGGCAUCCCAUGACUAUGAAUAUGAGCCCCAGGCAUCCUAUGAGUACAACUCGAAGCAGUAGCUCCAAUUCCUCCAAACAGAGACAUGCCUCGGAUUCCGAUUUACAUUAG